AGAGGGAGGGAGAGAGGGUAAGAGAGAAAGAGCAGGCGGGGUAGGCUAUAGAUAACGAGGGAGGCAGCAGGCAGAUAGUUAUCUCCUCACAAUCAUCCUUGUGUUUUUACACGCUCACUGCCAGACUUCAAGGAGAACAAGAAAGGACGUGCGUUUUCGUGGCACUGGCGAACAGCCUAAUUCUGCUAUCAUGCACAGAUUAGCUCGUUGCUGAAAACGUUUUAUCACUGCGAAGGGUUUGUGUGCGAGAGAUGGCUCCGGGAGCUGGUCAGUGCACUUUCAUGCAGAGGUAGAGUAGCCCGUACGCCGAUGCCUGCUGCCCUCUGCACGAUGAGUGUAGCCCUGCAAGACCUGCGGAACAACAUGUCCAACUACAGGCGUGCAACCUUUGACGAGGAGGAGGUAUCCGAGGUCCCAACCGACGGGACCAUCUAUCCCGACAGCGUGGAGGUGGGUUUCCGGCGCGGUGGUAUCCAGCUGCUAGGGCCCCUGGGCAGGCGUACCCAGAUGGAGGUGGUGCUGGGCGGGCUGCUCCUGGCCUCCCUGCUGAUGCUGUUCGGCUGUGCCCUCACUCUGGGCAUCCGCUACAACACGGAUCCAGCCCGCAGCCUGUGCCUGACGGAGGCGUGUGUGACGGUGGCCAGCAAGAUCGUGGAGGCGCUGGACCGGAGUGUUGACCCGUGCCAGGACUUCUACCAGUACGCGUGCGGCGGAUGGAACCGCAAGAACCCGCUGCCCGACGGACGCUCGCGCUGGAACACCUUCAACAGCAUCUGGGACCAGAACCAGGCCGUGCUCAAACACCUGCUCGAGAACGGCACGUUUAACUCCAGCAGUGAUGCAGAGAGGAAGGCCCAGAACUACUACCUGUCCUGCCUCAACGAGCAGCGCAUCGAGGACCUGGGGGCCCAGCCACUCAUCGACCUCAUCGCCAAGACGGGUGGAUGGAACAUCACUGGGCCCUGGGACAAGGACAACUUUAUGGAGGUUCUGAAGACCGUCUCCGGGCCAUACAAGGCCCAGCCUUUCUUCACCAUCGGAGUUAGUGUGGACCCCAAGAACUCCAACUCCAACAUCAUUCAGGUGGACCAAUCAGGACUGUUUCUGCCAUCACGUGACUAUUACCUCAACAAGACAGCCAAUGACAAGGUUUUGAAGGCCUACCUGGACUACAUGGUGGAGCUGGGUCUGUUGCUGGGUGGUCAGAAGAACUCCACGCAGGCACAGAUGCAGCAGAUCCUGGACUUCGAGACCGCGCUGGCCAACAUCACCGUCCCACAGGAUGAGCGUCGCGACGAGGAGAAGAUCUACCACAAGAUCACCAUAGCAGACCUGCAGUUGCUGGCCCCGGCGGUGGAUUGGCUGGACUACCUGAACUCGGCGCUGUCGCCGUUGGAGCUGAACGACACAGAGCCGGUGGUGGUCUAUGCUAAGGAGUACCUGCAGCAGGUGUCCGAACUCAUCAACAAGACGGACCACAGUCUGCUGAAUAACUACAUGAUGUGGAACCUGGCGCAGAAGGGAGUGACCAGCCUGGACCAGCGCUUUGAGAACGCCCAGGACAAGCUGCUGGAGAGCCUGUACGGAACCAAGAAGUCGUGCACGCCUCGGUGGCAGACUUGCAUUGCGAGCACGGACGACACGCUGGGCUUUGCCCUCGGCGCCCUCUUUGUCAAAGCCACAUUCGACAAACAGAGCAAGGAGAUUGCCGAGGAGAUGAUCAAUGAGAUCCGCUCCGCGUUUAAGGACUCGCUGGACAACCUGCGCUGGAUGGAUGACCAGACUCGACAGGCGGCCAAGGACAAGGCUGAUGCCAUAUAUGACAUGAUUGGAUUUCCUGACUUCAUCCUGGACUCGAAGGAGCUGGACGACGUCUAUGAUGGGUAUGACGUGUCGGAGGACAACUUCUUCCAGAAUAUGCUAAACUUCUACAACUUCUCCGCCCGGGUGAUGGCCGAUCAGCUGCGGAAGCCCCCUAAUAAAGACCAGUGGAGUAUGACUCCGCCCGCAGUGAACGCCUACUACAUGCCCACCAAGAAUGGCAUUGUGUUCCCCGCGGGAAUCCUACAGGCACCCUUUUAUGCCCACGACCACCCCAAAGCCUUGAACUUUGGAGGCAUUGGAGUGGUAAUGGGACAUGAACUCACUCAUGCAUUUGAUGACCAAGGGAGGGAGUACGACAAGGACGGGAACCUUCGACCAUGGUGGCAGAAUUCCUCAGUGGACGCCUUUAAGAACAGGACCGAGUGCAUGGUGGAGCAGUACUCCCAGUACACCAUCAACGGAGAACACAUCAACGGCAAGCAGACCCUCGGGGAGAACAUCGCCGACAACGGAGGCCUCAAGGCGGCAUAUCAUGCCUACAAGUCGUGGGUUCAAACGUAUGGAGAGGAAAAGAGGCUACCAGCGGUAAAUCUCACCAAUGACCAGCUGUUCUUCGUGGGCUUUGCACAGGUGUGGUGCUCGGUGCGUACCCCUGAGAGUGCCCACGAGGGCCUGGUGACCGACUCCCACAGCCCCCCCAAGUACCGCGUCAUCGGCACCCUGUCCAACUCGCCGGAAUUCGCCGAGCACUUCCAGUGUGCCCGCGGCUCCCUCAUGAACUCGGGCCACCGCUGCGAGGUCUGGUAGGGCCUGUCCACCCCGCCACGGCAACGCCUGUCCACAGGGGGGCGCCAGUCUGCCAGUCUGUUCCUGCAGGACACGGUCUGAGGAGAGAAAAGGAGGAGGAAGAGGAGGAGGAGGAGGAGGAAAUGGGCAGAUUUCCAAGCACUGGACUUUUUUUCUUUUCAUUUCUGUUUGUUGUUGUUGGUGUAGUAGUAAUUGUUGUUGUUGCUGUUGUCUGUAUUGUUGUUUUGGUAAUGAUGCUGGAUUCUGAACGGUGAUGUCUGAUGGAGUGAGUCUGGACUCAAGAUGACUCCAGAGAGAGAGAGCACACUGACGAGUGAUGGUUGUAUUUUCCAGUGUUUGGAGGCCCCCGUAGCUUUCUCUCUCUCUCACUUUUUCUUUCCCACUCUUUAUUGCUCUCUCUCUCUUCUUUCUGCAGAGCCUCACUGGCCCCCGUAUGCUUCUUUUAUUUAUUGUUUGCUGGACUGACGAGCGGAGGGCGGGGCCGAGGGUUGGAGAAGCAGAGCCCUCCGGCCCUCAGCUCUCCGUGCUUCUGUGUGCAUUGUUUUGCUAUGUGCCCUGUUUACAGCCUCAUUCUCUGGUGGACUGGAAAAAAAAACCCGAUUGUGAGGUCACAGAUGGAACUGUGACGCAUUAAGGACCCUAGAAAAGGGUGGCACUCAUCGUCAUGACAAUGAAGCGUUCUGUCUUUGUGACCUCAUAAAAAGAGGCCCUCCUUACUUGUGUGACCUCACAGGAAGUGUUCCAUAGUGUCUGUGACCUCACAGGGGAAAAAAACAGUUGUUUACUGUGCAACCUCAAAAGGGCAUGCCAUGUUCUUCUUGGGUGGUAAAUAUGAACGCAGGGGUGCCCACCACUAGCUUAUCUGCCCUCACUGGUGUGUGUGUGUGUGUGUGUGUGUGUGAGUGUGUGUGUGAGUGAGUGAGAGUGUGUGCGUGCUCUGACAUUGGCAUAUUUUAUUGUUGACAAGGUUGGAAUGGGACUCAUUUCAAACUGCUUCUUGCCAAAGAAUGUCUUCUUUUUUCUCUUUGUUACCAGCGUUCUGUUGGUGUUCUGCUGUUCCAUGUUUGAUCCCCUCGACUCGACUCUUUCCGCCUCUACUCAGUGAAGAUUGCAUUCGUGCCCACAGUGUGUGCUGUACAGUACGUGGGGUGGGAUUAGGAUAGCUGAAGACUCAUGGCUCUAUUUUGAGGGUAGUAACAGUUUUUAAAAUCCCAAUCCUGAUUGUGUUUAUCCUAAUAUUUACACCAGAGUUAAGGCAGACAACUAGGCUGAGGUUUAAACUUGGACUAAUUCCUGGUUGCUCAGCAGUGCAUGGCAGUGAAUCAGAGUAUAUUAAUUAGCUGACUUUAGGUUCAGUAUAACUUGAGAAAUAUUUGGCUGCACACAUUGUAGUAUUGGUACAUUAACAUUGUGUUAUCAUCCUUGAAAUAGAGCCUUUGAUGUGUGUGUGUGUGUGUGUGUGUGUGUGUGUGUGUGUGUGUGUGUGUGUGUGUGUGUUUGUGUGCGUGCACACGCAUACACAAAUAAUUAGUUGUGUUGAUGUACAGUCACGCCCCUCAACACUACAUUGAUAUAAUAUCUGAUGUUAGGUCUGCCGACAUGAUUUCAAAUGUUGUGCUCCAAAUGAAAACGAAAUAAGAGGAUUUUUUAUUAUAUAUUUUUUUCUCCUUGGCUUUCACACAGCCCUCCAAUUCAGGGCAAAGUCCCUUGAUAGAUGUUUGUUGUGUUUUGACUAUUUUAACUGUGGGAUGAACGAUACACAACUGGAUAACACAUGAUUAAUUUUGCCUAGCCUGUGUGUCACUGCAGGUGUUGUAGAAGACACGAACAAUAUACCUUUCCUGCUAGCAGGUGACUCCAGAGUCAGAUUCAGAUCUGAUUUGAUUCUGGUUCAUAAUCUGAUUCUGAUUCUGAUUCCGUUUCCGAUUCUAGGUUUACCUAGCCAAUUGUUCUGGAAUAUAUCCAGUUAGUUCACGACCAGUUCAGUUCUGUUGUCCUCUUGGCGGGCUUUGAACUGACUGACUUUCUCAGACACCUGUGACAUUGCAAAACACAGACUGCUUGUACACAUUGGCACAGUGAAGACGUAACAGAUUUACACAUAGUAUGUGUCUUUUGUUUUCUUAGUUGCUGAUUUUUUUGAUUCUUUGUUUUGUACCUGAGCGCAGAAAGGAACCAAAACCCUUUACACAAGACCAACACAUCCCACCUCUAGGGCUCCCCCUGGCCCAGGUUUCUGUGAGGUGAACGCUUACAUUCUCUUACAAUCAGUGACCGGUCCGCCAAUGAAAGGACAGUAACAGAUUAGCCUUCCUCACUCAUCACCCCACAACUCACAGCACCUGUAAUGACCAAACAGUUAGUUUAUGUGGUCAUGCUAAGAAACUAACAGAACAGGUGUCAGUCCAGUGGCUCUCAGUGGGGAGGGAUGUAUAGGUGAAGAAAUUGGUCUCUGAUGCCCUGUGGCUGCUUAAUGUGUGGGGUCAAAGGUCAUAACUGGGUGGAGGUCACACGGGAGGGUGAAAGGUCAUUGGGGUUGGUAUUUAGGGUGGAUUAUAGGGUUUAGCCUUAAAUAACUGCAGUGAUUUAUGUAGAUAGUAAAUGAAGAAAUAAAUGACUAUAUAUUUAAAGUGCAAACAUAAUUGAAAACUUGAAGUGUGUAAAAGCCUUUAAUUAGCCAAUUCAUGCCAUUAAGUGUUUCUGGACUCUUUCUGGACUUUAGUGUCUCGGUCUCAUUUCCCCCUCUCGAAGUUCUGCCCUGACGCUGGGUCAUCCGGACCAGUCAAAGCUUCAGCACUAGGACCCAGGAGGACACAAGGCCAACGAGAGACGCCAGUUCGUCCCAAAUGUUCCCGUGAUGUCCUGAAUGCUGCUUAGUUGGAAGGCAAGAGUGGCUGCCCAGAUCGCUGCCAGCAGUGUUGCCAGAUUGGGCGGGUGCCCAAUUUCUUUUGACCUUAUCGGUAGGGGAAAAAUAAGCUUUAUGCGGGCAAAUAAAAAUUUUAGUUGAAUGGAUCAUUAUGACAAAAUCGUUGUUGGGGCGGUUUUUUGCUUGAGGGUGGGUUUUUGAGCGUGAUUGGGCGGAAAUCACUCAACCCAAUCUGGCAACACUGGCUGCCAGUUCAAGCCCAGAUGUGGUGCAAAUCCGUUUUGGCCUCGAUCUGGGAGUGCCACUUUUUUUGUUUGUUUGUUUGUUUGUUUUUUAUAUGCCAUUAUUAAGGAUGGUAAUGUGCCAUGUGAUUCAAAAGGGCAGACCAGGUCCUUGAAUUUUCUAAGGCCAUGAUUGAUGUGUUCACAUAAUCAAGCUGUGGAGUGUUGCCUUAUUUGAUUUAACAAGCAUACUUGCUCUUAAUUGUCUUUGGCAUUGUGUCUCUCCGCUCAACCUCCCUCUUUUUUGUUUUGUUUUAUCUUUGUAUUGAUGUAAAACUGUCCUUAAGUAUUUUACUCCUAAAGUCAGAUUUCUUUCUUUUUUAUUAUAAAAAAAAAGGAAUUUCCCAUCUUUCUAGCCCAGGACAGUGUGCCACCCAGCCUGUAGUACAACAUUCCAUAUAGUACACACCUGUAAACAGAGAAAAGGAACCGAAAUAAAGUAUAUACAUUGUAUACACA